GCCUUCAAAUAUUUUUAAUAAGGAUACGAAAGUUUUUUGAUGUCGAGUAGGCAAUAAAAUGCCAUAUGCUCUUCUUGAAUUCAAAUUAAAAAACAAGUGUACGAAUGCAAAACUGAAAUUCUUCAAUGAGAGCAGAGCAAAUAUUUGUCUAGGCCUUAGUGUUUCAAUAAGGUUAUACCUACAACAUAAAACAUGACGCAUUAUGCAUGGGAUGAAGCAUGCUAUCAUAAUAAUAAAAACGAUGCCUUAUCCAGUGCUGACAGCCAACAAAUUAAUAAUAGCACCAACUAUAAUUAUGAUGAGGUGCAAUCAGGUGCAUAUGCUACUUAUGACGAUGAAUAUGGGGCUGCGGAGGAGGAGUACUCAGCCGAUGGGGAAGCUUUUGGUAGCUUUAAUCAGAACUAUGCGCCGUAUACAACAACAGCAACAAUAAUAACUGAAGAUAAUAACCCGAAUAUAGCAACAGUCGGAGCGGAGUAUUGGAGAAAUAGUUUUAGAGGUAUGGAGGGUUCUGGCUACAACAAUGGCUACAAUUUAACGAGUGGUCCUCUAAACGAUGGUUCCUCAAUGCCAAUUGAAGGUACGUACUCGAAAAAGGGCAAUCGCGUUGGCUGCCGCUUGCCGCUUGCACCUGUUAUCGAUAAUUCCAAAUAUCGUAUGCUAUCGCAACCGAUUACCUAUACCCAAAAUGUUCUCAACGAACAUACGGUUUAUGCUGACGAGAGAAUAGGAAGUUUUAUCAGUUUGCCAGCGGCAGCGCCAAUGCGAAUGUUACCCGAACCACAUCCAAGAAUACGCAACAAUACCUCACAACGAUUACUUGAAGAUAACAACAGCUUAAGCGGUAUAUUAACAACAAAUACAACAAUAACAACAACAGCAACAACCGGGACCAGGCAAAACUAUGAUGUCUUUAGCCAAAUAUCGCGACCCUAUACAUCAAUGCUGCCCCUCGAUUAUGGUGAAUAUUCGGAUUAUGCUUACAACUCGGACAAUUUGUCAGCAUAUAGCGAUACACCUCCCAUGAGCAAUACCACACAGUUGAAGCUACAGCAACAGCGCAAAAUUUCACUUAUGUUGGCAAUGACAACAGCAUCUGUGAUAGCAUCUGGAGAGACUAGGAUACCUGUACAGCAGCAACAGCAACAGUACUAUAACACGACUAGACGCAGUGAUAAUAAUAGCUAUUCAAUAUACAAUCGGAGUAUUAGUAGCACUGUAUCAACCUCGACUAGCACAACAAACUCCUCAGUUGCCUUUUCCAAUACCACUACGUUAGCUUCAGCGCGAUGGUCAAAUACUACGACGUUGACAUCGACGAUGACGACGACUAUGACGACGAAUAUGACGACGACGAUGAUGACGACGACAUCAACUAGAAAAUUGCCAAAACGUCUACCGUCACCUGCGGUACUGAACAAAUCAUCGUCAUCAAUAAUUCCCGAAGUCCUUACAUACAAUUCAUUAGAAACUCCAAUUCAUCGAACAAAACAGUUACCAAAGUUGCCCACGCUUAAAACAAAAGCUAUUCCCAGCACAGUUCCUAUUCGAGAUUUAGCAACUGUUGUUAGUUCAUCGCCAGAAAAAUUGACUUCGAUGUUAACUAGCGCGCCAUUGAAACCUAUGGACAAUAUUGAAAAUGCCAAUAGUUUUGUACAGCAGCAGCAAGAACCAUUGGCUCAGGAGCAGGGACAAGAGAAGAUGCAAGUGGAUGAAGCGUCAGUUGAUAAGAAUCACGGCGACAAUCAAUUCAAUGACCAGAGAUAUCAGAGAGUUGUGUCUAAAUCGCUUGAUUCAUUUAGCAUAUGGUCACCAGUAACUUCAACAUUACCUGAUUCGCCUGUAUUGCAUCAAAACAACGUUACUAGUCUGGUCGAGGGUAAUGUAAACGCCUCAUCUCAAAUAAAAUCAUCAAUUGAAUCAUCUUUAGAGCAGUCUUUGUCAAUACAAACAAAAAACCAUCAAAAUUUGAUUCUCACAACCACAGCAACAACAAGCUUAAACGAAGCUAAGAAAUCAUCAUUUUACAUAUCUGAGUAUUUGAAACCUUACCCAUUCGACUCCCUUAUAUUUACACCAGACAAAAAAAUCGGAAAUGCAAAGGACAGUGAGAUCAUGACUUCCACUAGUACUAGGACUGCAUAUGAUGCUCGAAAAAAUUCAAUUCCGUUGAACUCAUUGGAAACUCCAAUACCAAGUGUCAAUCAAAAUCUUAAUUCAAAUCCAAUUGCAACUUGGACAACUAGCAGUCUCAUAAACAUUGAAACGCCAUUAAGUGAAUCUUCAUCUAACGUAUCCUAUUUAUUAAGUAAGCCCAUUGCAAGCAUCGAUCAGGAAAGGGAUGAUAGUAAGAAAACAGAUUUAAAACAUUCUCACGAUACAGUUACAACUCUAAGCCACUUGAGUAACGUGCUCACAACAACUGUUGUUCCGUCUAGUCUAUCGGCGGUUGGUAUUACUAGCACUAGUUCACAAAGUAAUAUUGUCGAUUCGCCUACUUUAACCUACGUUGAUUAUAUGAAAAAGUUUGAACUACCGGAACUACCAGAACUGUCACCAAUUCCUGAUAUAUACAGUGUAACAAUUACUCAAGCACAGCCUGUACUGGCAGACACGACGUCAAAUCUCGUCGAUUUUACUGUUCAGAAUCAAGCUACAGUUAUAACCACAGCAGAGACACAGCCAUUGGAAUCAGGCAUAGACAGCUAUAAGGCUAACGAAAAUCAAAUUGGGGCUUCUAGAUGGCUGCCUGGUAUAGCUAGCCAUUCGGUAAACACAUCUUUAGCUGAUAUAAAUCUAAUAAAUUCUGAGCUCAGCUCCACGGCGGAUACAAUUAGCUCCUAUUCACAGCAGCAUGAGUCCCAAACGGAAAAACUAGUUGAAGGAGAGACGAGGGAAACUUUAAUUGGUGCUGAGCCCUUAUUAAGUCAUAUUGAGGAGCCAUUAGUAAGCAACGUAUCAGCUUUUGACGAUAGUUUUUAUGAUAGUUUUAAUGUAGAUCUAUCGGCAUUGACGGCAACAAUAGCUCACAUUGAAAGCGCCACAUCAUUAACGUCAGCUCUAAAGCAAAAUAGCAAUGGCGCUAAAUGCGAUCUAACGACAUCUAAUACCUACAUAAACAUAGGAGAAAAUAAUAAUACAAGCGAACUUACUGAGCCUUGCAGCGGAUAUUAUAAGCCAGCGCACAAACAAACAGAUGAACCGCCAGAAACAUCACCAAAAGCCAAGGUCUCCAGUGUACUAGGUGGCCUAUCAAAAGGUAUUAAAGGUGGCUUGGAUGGCGUGCUGAUCGGUGUUAGUUCAACAAUAGAACCAACUAAACAGAAUCCAGAAAGCAAUAGUAAAAAGGGUUUUGGCUUUGGACUGGCCUCUAAAUUGGUGCCAAAUGUGGGGAGCUUACUUGUGAGACAAGACCCAACACCUACGACAACCUGCACCUCUGCAGUCUCUAAUACACCUUAUGGAUAUAAUUAUGUCAUGCACUGCGCUCAAUUACCAGAUAAUAUAAAUAGGAAUACAAACACGGACGCCAGCGCACCCAUCACGCCUACCUUUGACUAUCUCAGCUCUAAGUCAAAUUUAGAUUUUGACUAUCUCGGAAAUGACGAUUCAUCUCAUGACUAUAGUUACAGUGAAUAUCCAUCAGCAUACGCAGAAAAUACUCAAAGUAGCUCAGAUCCAUAUAAAGUAACGAUGAGCCAUGAAUUGGGUUCAAGUGAAACUGGUAUGGAAAUCGAAACACCAAUUAAACCCCAAAUAGUAAAGCCUUCAGUAACGUCAAUUAAACAGAACGCAAAAGGCGCUUCAGGUGGCAUGUUCGGUUCUAUUUUUGGUAAAGCUGCAGCAGCUGUGCAAUCCGCGACACAAGCUGUCAAUCAGGGUGCUUCCUCUGUUGCAUCGGCUGUGGUGCAAAAGGCAUCGGUACAGCACAAUAUAUUUCCGCCGUACAAAUGCAUAUAUUUUUUGAAUUUAUAUAUUAUUUAG